AUGCCACUUUUCGGCUGGAUGAAAUGGCCAAAAAAUGAUUCCUACAAAUCCACGCCAUAUCCAGGAUCAGAAGUGGUUACAAAAACCCUGCUGAGGGAAUUGAGGUGGCACCUGAAAGAGCGUGAGAGAUUAGUGCAAGAGAUCGAAAGCGAACAGAAAGUCCCCAAGGCUGGUGUGGAUUACAACUGGCUCAAGAGCUACCAAAAUCCACAAGCCACAAUUCCAGCCACGGAGCAGCGGCAGCUCGAAGCCCUUUGCUCACAAAUCCAACCCUGCCAGACUGGGACUGUUCUCAGCAGAUUUCGUGAGGUUCUGGCGGAAAACAACGUUCUACCUUGGGAAAUAGUCUACAUAUUCAAGCAAGUCUUAAAAGAUUUUCUUACUGCCAUCGAGAGGGAGAACCACCAAGAGCAAGCGGCAGACGCGUGGAAUACAAACUGCCCCGAGCACUUCGGCCCACGCGGAGACGCUUCUCACCAAUCGGACAAAGACGAAAUCCCCACGGUGUCCAGUUAUGUCGACAAGAACACGCAGAGCCUGUUUCCCACCUUCUCCCACAGGAUCUGGAAUCUGCCGUAUUACUACCCAUCAAGCUAA